AUGGCACCAGAGAUCGGAAGUCUCAGGGCUCUUGCCAACGGGGAAAGCCAGUUUGUUGGCAGUUCUUCAGGUGUCUUCUUCAUCAACACCGUUCGAAGGGCCUUCUCAACAGCCGAAGGCAUCGAGGCAGACGAUGGACGUCAUGCUGCCGGAGCCGAUACCCACGAUGAUCCAUCUCCCGAAGAUUGCAUCGUGGGGGACAACGACCGAAAUGACCCGGAGUCUUCGGGGGAGAGGCCAGGUUGCAGCAGCGCUAGUCGAGCGAACUAUGAGUCGGAUGCUGAGAGCUCACCGAUGUCAUCAGGGAUGGAUAUCAUGACUGAUAUGAGCUCAUUGCCUGACUACACGAUUGCUCGGGACCUCUUUCUUACAUACUUCCGAAUAUGGCAUCCUUUGGUUCCCUUUCUACAAGGGCCAGAGUGUCUAGCAGAUUUGGAAAAUCUCUACGCACCCGACUUCAACCGGCGCAGUUCAAGAUCGCUCUGCCAAUUUGUCAUCUUCAAGUGCAUCUUGAACGUUGCUAAGCUUGACACAGAUGGGCCGCUCGACCUGGGAUCAGCAGCUAUACGUUCACCUUCAGACCUCUUACCAACUCUUAGCAUGCUAGCCCUUCGUUGCGACACAAUCUCUAUUCAAGCGUUGCUAGCAUCUCAAGUUUAUUUCGUUUCUACCAUGGCGCUACGCCAUGCGUCGUCUGUCAGUGGCUUGCUGUCCAAGUCAAUCUUUCAAUCUGGCAUGCAUAGAUGCCCAGUACGAUACGACCAUCUGUCUCCGGAUGAGCGCUCAAUGCGUAAGCGCACCUUCUGGAGCUUUUACGUCCUCGACCGUUUCAUCAGCCAGUCACUGGGGCACCCGAAUGGCAUCCAGGACUCAGACAUCGACGUAUGCCCGCCAGGCCAGCGAGACCUCCAUGAACCAGUUGCAAAGUCAGAUCUUCACGGCCAAGUGGAGAACACUUUCCUACACCUACCUGCAAACCACCCCGAACGGUUGGCAUCAUCUCCAGCAGUUCAAGAUAAGACCACGGAGACCUCGCCCGACGUAGACGAGGAACCUGGUAGACAUGAGAGAGCCAGUACCGACCCUCCGCCAUCCAGCAUAUCACCAAAGGCUGCCGCGAUUCUCCGCCACCGUCAAGAGACACAAGCUGUUCUAGAACAUCAUGUUCGGCACUCACAGCUAGUGGGAAGAGUUCUAGAAGUCUUCCACAAGUCUAUUCAUGCUAGAGAAAUGGAUAAUCAAACAAUUUUGUUCCUGAAGGCGGAUGUGACGGCCUAUGGCAACGAUCUCACAGAGCCGUGCUUCACCCCAGCCUUACAAGACAUACCACAGCUAACUCCGGACCCCACCGUCUUUCCCUUCAGUUCCGUGACGCAUUACAGACUUGCAUAA